CGCACGGACUCGGCAUUCGCUUUCCUGACUCGCUUCGAAGCAGCAGCAACAGCCGAGAUGUCUGGACGUGGCAAGGGCGGCAAGGGGCUCGGCAAGGGUGGCGCGAAGCGUCAUCGUAAGGUGUUGCGUGACAACAUCCAAGGCAUCACCAAGCCUGCUAUCCGUCGCCUCGCUCGCCGUGGUGGUGUCAAGCGUAUCUCCGGCCUGAUCUACGAGGAGACACGCGGUGUGCUCAAGGUGUUCCUCGAGAACGUGAUCCGGGACGCCGUCACCUACACUGAGCUCGCCAAGCGCAAGACCGUGACCGCUAUGGACGUGGUGUAUGCCCUCAAGCGUCAGGGCCGCACCCUCUACGGUUUCGGAGGCUAAGCAGCACAGCGUGCGCGAAGUUGUCUGCGAACAGCGCAUCAGCUCCUCUGAAGAACCCAACAGCCCUCUUCAGGGCUACCCACUUGGUGCUUCGGCAGUGACGCGCAGGAUUUGCGAUCUCCUGCUCCGUUAGCCCUCUUUUGCAUGCCAUUAUCUCGCAUUCGGCCGUACGAGACGCGCGGUGAACUUGGGUCAGGUGAGCGAGCGCAACCGCAUGUAUUCGCAAGGCGUGGUAGCAUUGUUUUUCGCCCUCGCAAGGCGAGCUUUGCUCGAUUGCAUUUGCGCUCGCCACUGUGUGCUGUGUGUUGCUCCCAUUUCACUCGCCCUCAGUCCGUCCGAGUUGCGACGUGGCGGUCGUUCGUGCAGCUCAGUUGUCGCCUUUGGUUGGACCCUGGUUGAGGCAACCAGAGUGGAAUGAUGAUUAAAAGCAAGAGGUAAUCAUAAGCUCGUCGAUGCGCAUUUUGUCGCUUUGAAGUGGCUCGCUUCCUAUACUCCCUUGGAGAAGAAGUAUGAGCCGC